CCCCCCUUCUCUAAAGGUUGUUGUUUCGUAACAUUUUAUACAAGAAAAGCUGCACUUGAGGCCCAGAAUGCACUGCACAAUAUUAAAACUUUACCUGGGAUGCAUCAUCCCAUUCAGAUGAAACCUGCAGAUAGUGAAAAGUCCAACGCCGUGGAAGACAGAAAACUGUUCAUAGGAAUGGUCUCGAAGAAGUGUAAUGAGAAUGAUAUCAGGGUGAUGUUUUCUCCAUUUGGCCAGAUCGAGGAAUGCCGCAUCCUCCGGGGACCCGACGGGCUGAGUCGAGGCUGUGCGUUUGUCACAUUUUCUACAAGGGCAAUGGCACAGAAUGCAAUCAAAGCCAUGCAUCAGUCUCAGACCAUGGAGGGCUGUUCUUCACCUAUCGUGGUGAAGUUCGCGGACACUCAGAAGGACAAAGAGCAAAGGCGCCUGCAGCAGCAGCUGGCCCAACAGAUGCAGCAGCUCAACACUGCCACCUGGGGAAACCUGACCGGGCUGGGCGGGCUGACCCCGCAGUACCUGGCGCUCCUGCAGCAAGCCACCUCCUCCAGCAACCUGGGUGCAUUCAGUGGCAUUCAGCAGAUGGCGGGCAUGAAUGCUUUACAGCUCCAGAACCUGGCGACGUUGGCUGCUGCUGCCGCCGCAGCCCAGACCUCAGCCACCAGCACCAAUGCAAACCCCCUCUCUACCACGAGCAGCGCCCUGGGAGCCCUCACGAGUCCCGUGGCUGCUUCAACCCCCAACUCCACUGCUGGUGCAGCCAUGAAUUCCCUGACCUCUCUUGGGACCCUGCAAGGACUAGCUGGAGCCACAGUUGGACUGAAUAAUAUUAAUGCACUAGCAGGUACCAUCAACACUCUAAGAAGCAGGAGGCUUUUACUUCAAAAAAAAAAUAAAGUUGCUCAAAUGCUCUCAGGUAUGGCGGCUCUGAACGGAGGACUUGGCGCCACAGGCUUGACGAAUGGCACGGCUGGCACCAUGGACGCCCUCACCCAGGCCUACUCAGGAAUUCAGCAGUAUGCAGCCGCCGCGCUGCCCACCCUGUACAGCCAGAGCCUGCUGCAGCAGCAGAGCGCGGCGGGCAGCCAGAAGGAAGGUCCAGAGGGGGCAAACCUCUUUAUUUACCACCUUCCACAGGAGUUUGGAGACCAGGACAUUCUGCAGAUGUUCAUGCCUUUUGGAAAUGUUAUCUCUGCUAAAGUCUUCAUUGACAAACAGACCAAUCUGAGCAAGUGCUUUGGUUUCGUGAGCUACGACAAUCCAGUCUCUGCACAAGCUGCCAUCCAGGCUAUGAAUGGCUUUCAGAUCGGCAUGAAACGCUUGAAGGUGCAGCUGAAGCGCUCCAAAAACGACAGCAAACCUUACUGAUCCUAACCCCAGAGGCUCCCUGCUCUCAUUUUAGCUUUCUUAGGGUAAGUCCCACGAGCCAGCCUGUCUCUACAGGGAAGGCAGAGGAGGACCACAUUGCCAACUUUACCAAGAGAGACGGUUAUUUUUACAAUCAGGCCCAUCUCCCCACCCUUGCCCCUACCCGGUUUGCCAUAAUUAAACUCGGGCUACCUUGUUUCUAUCGAGUCAAUUCCUCCUCCAGUCGUGCCACCGUAUUCUCCUUUCUUUUGCAAUUUGAAGCUCCUUUGACCUUUUUUUUAAAUUUUUGGGUUUUCGUUUUUGCUUUUUUAAAGAGAAACAUACACACAAAUAAAUGCCAUCCUGAGAAUUUAAAAGGCAAACACGCGCUAAUGUGCAAUUCUAACUCUGAAACCACGGGUGCCCCAGAGCGCUGCCUGGGGACCCCCCUCCCUGCUGGGCGCCGCAGGCCCGGCCUUGAGGGACGCGGUGGCCGAGAGAGGGAGAAGCCAGGAGAAGCACUUACCCAAACAACACAAACGUCUUUCCACUACAUCGGUUUGUUUUACUAAGUAGGAUUUUAUUUUAGGGUUCAAAGAAACAUGACAUUUUAUUGGUCAAAUUAUUACACUGGUUGUCUAUUUUGUUAUUGUUUUAUUUUAGUUUUUAGAAAGGAUUAAUGUACAAAAAGAUUUAGAGAUCUGUUUCUUAAAGCUACAGGGUUUAAAAAUAAAAUAAAAACGAGUGAAAAUACUUGAUGUUUCUUGAAAGAUAAAUUUAAUAAUAAUAAAUACAUACAUAAAUAAUACAUAAAUAAAAAAGAAAGCCACAGGCCUGUAAAUUUUAUUUGUAAAAAAAGCAUUUCUAUUUUUAUACAAAAUUUUUACUGCCUCAGAAAUAAUGGAAGUUAUUUAUUGCCUAUUGUUAACUUAUUGGGUACCUAAAGAGCAGUUCUCUGUCUAGCUAGAACCUUCUGAAGUAGUCUCUAGAGGAAUUGUUCUAGGAAUGGGCUUUUUUUCACCGUUGAACCCUAGACCUGAAGUUCAUGCUUUAUCCUCCUGUUGUUUGUAUCUGUCUGAUUAUUUUGUUUGUAACUUCCAUGAUCUAGUUUACAGUUCAGUCGUCUGACUUUCCCCGUUUGUCCCAUUUGUUGGAACUGGACCCUCUCCCCUUCCCUUGCCAGCCCCUCACCCCAAAACACCUGGAAUCCAUCCCCUCUCACUCUCUCCAGAUGGAUUCUCUUGGGGUCUCACUGUGCUGUGGAUAAAGAGUGUAAGAAAUGCAAAUUAUGUGAAUGGCUCGUAGACUCCCUAAUGACCUAAGAUUUGCAUUAGUUUUCUCCUGCACCCUUAAAAGUGAUUUUGUUGCUGCUGCACAGACUCUGUGUAACUUUUGACUCUUCCUUGUUUUUUCCCUAGACAUCUUCAUGCCCGUUAGUUCAUCGUUUGCCUAGCAUGUCCCUGUGGCGUCUCAAAAAGUUUCAUCGUCCCGUCAUUGUUUCUGAUGUCUUUCUGACCUCACAUCAUAUUUGGUUCUCCUACUGACCUUUGAUCUAGUUUGACCUUUGAAAUUUGCAUGUGACCUCAUCUAGCUAUGAAUUCUGGGAAGUCAAUGUGAAAAACAUUGCUGCAUUCAUGCAAGACUGAAAUUUAUUAUUAGACAAAUUAAUUAUAGAAGAAAAACCUGUGGCAAAAAUGUUUCUUUCUUAUUUUUUUCUUUUCAUAAAACAGACUUGAAAGUAUUAUACAGGGAUUGGCAUUCUUCCCGGUCACUGGUAACAAUAGCAAUAUGUGUCCAGGGACACAGAAUGUUGGUUUCUAACAGACUACUUCCAAAAACAGUUUGAGAAAAAAACUGUCUGAUUUUAAGUCUCUAGAGGUCUGUAAUAGUUUUUACAUUUUUCAGGCAGUGUAAAGUUUUUUGAUAAGGCCAUUUUAGGUGGCUCACUUUCUCAUUAAGAUAUAUAUAUAGAACCACUUUUUGUAGAUUAGUAUAAGAAAAAUAUUUACCCUGUUUUGGGGCAAAUGCUACCUAUUUGUGUCACCUUUUGCUGAACUGACUCACAGUUAGACAAUCCAUGGUUUAAUGCACAUGAAAUUACCUAUAUUUUAUACUGUUUCAAUGUACAGGAGAAAGGUUACUGUAAACUGUGUUAUGUUGGUGCUUCUGUGAAUUAAGUUGUGGUUUCAUCAUGAGUCUUAUGGUCUUAAUGUUCUUUGUUGAUAAGACAAGUUUAGAAUUGGUUUACUUAAAACAAAAAAGAAUUUCAAAAAAAAGUUGUUUGCUUAAAAAAAUUUCAUGUGAGGGAAGAAAAAAAAAACCUAUUCCAGAAUAAGUUUUGUGUUGGCUUGUGAAGCAUUGAUGUCAUUUUUUUUUAUUUUAUUGUGGACUAUUUAGAUGUGUUUGUGUUCAGCAAAAUGUGAUCUGUUUCUUUUCUUUUAAAGAAAAAAAGUGAAAAUAUAUAGUGCCAAAUUCCAAAGGUACUUCCUUCCUAGAGCUUCAGUGUGUUUCUUGUGAGAAGUAAUUUGAUAACAUGGGUAUUUUAUUAUGUGUUUUGUAUAAAUCCCUAAUAUUUAAAAAAAACAAAAACAAAAAAAGGUUAAAAAGUUUGUUAACUUGCUAUCCUGUGGUCUUGUUGCCUGAAAUUGUUAUUGUUUGUUAUUUCUCUAUGAUGUUUUUUGUAAGACAUUGUACAAGUGCCCAUGUCUCACUUUUUUAACCACUCUGCACAUCAAUGCUGUGAAGGCAACCUCACGAUGUAUUUUCUUCAUAAUAUAUGGAAACCUCUAAGGUGAGAAAGUUUUGAACUUUUAACCCUUUCUACCCAGAGCUAUCUGGUAUGUUGAUAACUUUUUAUGCUGUCAUCAGUUGAGUUUGUUUUGGGGUGUUUCUAAUUUGAUUUUUUUCCCUGCAUCUAUAUCUACUGAGUUUUUUGUUUUUACUACAUUUUUGUCCAUUAGUUGAGAUCCAAAAGAAAAAAAUUCCACAAGGCAAAUCUAAAGUAAAAAUACAUAUUUUAGCAUUCUCCAAUUCUUUUUCCCUACAUCAUUUUUUCCCUUCACUUCUGAUUCCUUCUGGUCAUUUUUUGGGAAAGAAUUCCUAAUGUGCUACUGAAAUUCCUUCUUCAGUUUUAAGUAAAAACAGUUUUUUGGAUAAACUCUCUGAGGGGAAAAAGAGGUGGAUCCAGCACCUGAAUAAUCCUGAGAAAUUCUGACUGCUUUUGAGAAUGGGCUUAGUGGCCUGAGGUUGUCCAGUUUUUUCUAUACCUUGCAGUUAAACAGCUUGGUGGUGGUCUAGACUUUUGCGGGAUCUUGCUUCUGUUUCUUCAAUACUCCUCAACAACAUGUCUGAACAGCCAUUUUGCUGGGGCUUCUCCGGCCCAGUAGACACCUCUGAAUACGCAAGGUGUCUGGAGGCGGAAGCACAAGUAUUUUCCUGGCCUUUUUGUUUGUUCUUUUAAUUGAACACAUUUGAAGGGGACUGACCAUAUAAGCAAAGCUCGGAUCUGUAUCACAAUGACUGACCAAAUACCUACACCAGUUCCUGCUGCCACUUAUUAAAGUGCCAUAUGACUCUGACUCUCGCUGUCUUGACAGAUCCUAAUGUCAUGCCUACAGCCCCACAGACUCCAGCCUUCUAAAGCGUGCCCGGAAGCUUCUCGGUCUCAGCACCCCCUGCCCACUCACCACCCUGCUGGGUGUAAUGUGUGUGAUGCGGCAGCCCCGGGAUGGAAAGGACUAGCCUCUCUGAUGCAAAAAACACAACAGUUUCCUUCCUACAGCACAUGCACUUACAAAGAGACGAUCUGCACUAUCCUCACACAUGUUUACUACUGCUGGGGCCUUCCUUCAGCCUUCGAGGGCUAUUUUGUAUUUCCUGCAGCAGUCAGCUGAUAACAUGAGCAGCCACACAGAGCUCUCAUACCUAGAGUCUGUGCUGUGUAGACACACCUACAGACACACAGAAUACACCAUCUGAAUCUCUUAGACCAUUUCAUUCAGAAUCCCCUCCUUUGUCAGUUGCAUACAUCUCAAAAGCAGGUUCCUGAUUUUUUCACCGAAGCCACCUGCCCUCCCCAUGCCCCCUUUUCCGCUCAACCCACCUGCAUCUCCCCGCAAGGAGAACCCAAGUGCAGUUGCCAGGAGGCUCCGGAUGGCACUCUGAGUUGAGUGUUUCUUGUUUGCAAGCAACCAAGACCAUACAUUUAGGGAGAAAGUGUGUUUAUUUAUUUUUUUGCAUGUUUCAUUGUUAAAAAGAUAACCUCCUCAGAGACAAACUGUCCUUUUAUCCACUUUAUCUUUUAAUAUCAAAAGGAAAAAGCUGCAAGGGUGCAAAGGGCCUGUGCCAGAAGAAAAAACACACAGGGAAACUGCUUUUUUAAAAUCAAGUGUAGAGAAUAGUCAUUUUUAAACUAAAUUAGAGAAUUGUGAUAAAAUGGCAGUCCUCAAAGGCGUAACAAGUUCAUCUUUCUUUCACCAUAGGGGUUAUAGUUCUUUGGCUUGUGCUACUCUGGAAUCAUUUUACUGUUUCUGUUUUUAUUAUCUUAAGUGCUAAUUAAAAAGAAGAAAUAAAAUUUUAAAAAAACCUGUAGUUUCAUUACCUUUUUGAAUAAUGUCAUACAAAAAAUGUAUCUGUGUUUUUUUGUGCUGUGAGAAUUGUUGUUUGUAGAUUAAUAAUAUCAUUUUGUUUAGAAUUACAAAAUAGUUUUUAAAUAUUGUCUGAGAAAAGCCAAAGUUAAUGCAACCUAGUGGAAACUGUAAGACCAUUUGAGUAUUGUUUCUGUUUUAUUGAUGCAUUUGGAUUUUGUUGUUUGAUGGAAUUUGAGCCAAAAAAAAAAAAAAAAUACGCAGGCUUUCCUAUUUCUACAACUGAUUGUACUUAUGCAUUUUGUACCAGUGGAACUUUUUAUACUGGAGAUUAAAAAAAUGGAAAUUUUUGUGGCUUACUCUAGUGGGCCCCCUGACAAUGACUGAUUUCAAGUUUGAUUUCGGGUUGAUAGAAAGAAAGUUGCUUUUCUUUUAAGAAUUAAAAACUUUGGCUUGAUUUCUUUUUUCCCUUUGCUUAUAUCUAGCAUUAGAAUUUUGUCUUAAAAUAACAGCGGUAAGUUUCACUUUUUUAUUCUGUAUUGUGCAGUUACACAAUAAGGUAAUUAGAUUUAGAAGUACUCAGUCACUUUAAGUGGAUAAAUGUAUUAGUUAAAACUUUAGGGGUUUGCUUUCUUGCUGUUUAGAUCAAAGUUUUUUCUGAUUCUUCUGUCUUCAUUGUGAACAUAACCGUGUAGUUGAAACAGUCAAACUUAUUUUUGUAAUGUAUGUUAUUGUGUGAUGCGGUUUUUUGCUUCUGUCUCCAAUAUUAAACCAUUUUCCUAAUACUUGUUUCUCUCUCUGCGUGUUGUAUUGUUGGUAGUCAUUGUAUGUUGGUGAUGCAUCUACACACCUCACUGUUUCACGUAUCUGUUUUUUUCUAUAUGUUGUGUAAAGAGAUACAGUCGAUUCCACUUAAGUGAAUAUCUGAUUUGGGAAAAGGGAAACUGCACACAGCCACCUUUGAUUUAUGUACAGCAGUCCACCUUAACCACUGCUUCCAAGACUCACACACUUUUUCUAUGGUUCGCCUACAUAAUUGCCUACAGAGCUGGAUUUGCGAGGCGUUCUAUGGUCUUUUGACCAUGCAGCUUAAUUUCACCUUCGCCCCUCUCCCAACCGCUCCCUCCCUCAUGAGUAUACAUCGACCUGCAGUUCUUGAUGCUUACUGAAAACUGCUACUGGGGUUCCUUCUAUCUACCACAAGUCAAAAGACAUCUCAUUACAGUCAAUUCUUAGCAACUAAGGGAAAAAAUAAGCCUAGUUGGUGAAGAGAAGACGUGAAAAGGGUUAAACUUAAGUCUAUGUAUUGCCAUCAAGCAAAAGAUAUGUAUAGAAAAGUAAUUUAAAUUAUUUAUUUCUACAAGCUAACUGAAUCCAGAAGCAGCUUUAAUUAUUAAAACUAACGGAAGAGAGAAGAAAUACUUCCCGGUGCUCAGAUGGAAGCUAUACUCAGUCUGGGGCGGGGGGAGGUGACGUUCCUCAUGCUCAAGUCUCCACCCACAGCUCACCAUCCUUUCCAAGAGACAGCUGACACCGCCAUAUGCAUCCACACACUCCCUCCUGGAUGAGCGGAGUUCGGAGCAGGCCUUGUCCCCACUACUGCCCGACACAGUUACCGAAAGAAGAACUCCUCCCGUGCCCUCCACCCCUGGGCCACAAGCCCGCCUCCCUGUUCUGCCCAUGUCCUUUGCUCAGGAAUCUGAUUGCUCUUAAAGUGCUCUUAAAAGAUUCCAUCAAUGUCUGCUCCCUUCGUCUCCUCUCUCUUCCAGUUUUUCAGACGCACACACUCUGACUCAGGCCUCCCAGCAGCGAGCAGCCUUCCUCUGGGUGCCAGUGAGGUCUCCUGUAGGUGCCUGGGCUGUUCACCCUCUUGUUACAGCAUCCCCUCUGGCCCAAGAUUGUAUUCUCUAGUCGGCUCAUGACAGAAGGGCCUGGGGAGGUGCAUGGAAGGAGACACUCUCCCCAGGGCCGGAGCCAGCGCCUCCAGGGUAGUGACCCCACCAGCUCCAGGCCUGCAGACCCUUCCGCUCUCAGCCUCCUCCUAGCCUUCAUCAGCCUGCCUCUGAAAGCCCACCGCUUGCCCUGGGGGAAAGAUGGCUACAGGUGUGAUUUCUUUUUUUUAUGGGGGAGGGUUGGGAGGUAUGGGGGGGAGAUGGUGAUUAAAUUCUUUCCAAGGUGCAAGUGUUUAUUUUUAAAACAUAUAAGUAUAUACACCAUUUGGCACAAGGCAAAAUACUCAUGCUAUGUAAAAGAAGAGAGAGACAAAGCCAGUUUUUGCUGCUUUGGGAAAGCAAGAAAAUAAUUCUCCAAAGAAGGGGAUGAAAACGCUAGUUUCUUUAAGCACCUCUGACUGUAGAAUUGGUCUCUGCUUAAAUUCAUACUAUCAUUUUGAUUUUGUACACCACCGCUGCAGUGUGAGCAAGGUGGUUCCAUUUGCCAUGCAUGGGCCACCUUGGGAAAUCACAGAACCACCUCCAUCCACCUUGCCGAUGGAAGCCACACGUCUGCCCAGCCCACGGCAGCUGCGUGCAGUCGAGGGGCUCAGACCCUUAGCUGGCAGGCUAGGACACACAGUGAACAUAAAUGUACUGUGAAUCGUUCCUGAUAAGUGAAUAAAACAUUGUGACCAAACAAUCAGCUUAUUCACUUAUCAGGAAUCGACUGUUCUGCUAAUUUGCUGUUUUUGUUUUUCAUCUGUCGUAGUUCACGAUUUUGCUGUGUUCUGUUUUCUCCUCUCAUGCUUGGGCAAAAUCACUGGGAAUAUUAUCUUCAUGUGACCAUGAAACGUUUAUAUUGAGUGAAAAUGAUAUCUUAACAAAAUCUAUGCACUUGCUAUCAGGAACACAAUACUGGAUGUGUCUUAUAUAUAUUGAACUAUAUAGUACUCGAUUUCUUAAAUAAAGCUUAAGAAAGGAC